CUAUAAUAGUAUAAAAAUAAUCCUUUCAUUCUUUUUAAAUCCCCCUCAGGACUACUUUUUUCAUUACUCCAAAAUUUUAUUCCACUAGUCGACCAAUGGAAUUCGAAAAAAGAAACGCAUGCGUAGAUCCCAAAGUAUAGCCAGGCAGAAAACGGAGCCACGAGCCACAUGAAUUUUUUGACCAUAUUUGUAAAUGUGAUCGUGUUGUGCGUGGAUCUCUCACUCUCUAUAUUAUACUUUUGAAUCAGCAGCUGUAGUGGAUCAUACACGUAAUAAACUGAAUAAGCGUCAUAACCUAGAAGUGAAAUAAUCAAGAUUUUAAAGAAAAUUAAUGAGAAUUAAUUUUCAGUUUUUUUCAAAAAAAGAAGAAAUUACUUUGAAUUAAUACAAAAAAUUAAAAUACAGAAUGUAUGGUGGUUACGAGAACAAUCCCAAUGCAAGGGUUAUUUGUCCAUAUAAUCCACAACACAAAAUAGUCAGAUCAAGAUUACCAAUGCAUCUUAUCAGAUGUGAAGAGAAAUAUCCAGCAGAUUAUUUGGAAAUUUGUCCCUACAGUGCCUCACAUCGUUUUCGAAAAGAAGAAAUGGAGAAACAUGUACUCACAUGUCCCAUGAAAAGAAUUCUUGAUGUCUCCUUACAUAAAACAAAAGUAUGUUCCAACAUUUACGGUGGACCAAGAGCAAAUAUGAAAAUAAGAACAACAAUUGAUUUAAUCGAAUGCUGGAGCGAUGAAGAUGACGAUUCAGGUUUUGGAUCAUUAGCAUCAACACCUGCAAUUGUAAAAGAAACUAACACACCGAAAUUUAGAACUAAAAACAAUGACAGUGAUGAUAAACCUCUCAGAGCACCUUAUGGAUAUCCGCAAGUGAUGCUAUUGGAUGACAGUGAUUUUGAAGAUGAAGAAGAUGAUAAUUGCUCGGUUGCAAGUUAUAUGGGAAUGGGACGAGGAAAGCCAAAGAUUAGCGUGACUCAAAUACUCAGAAGGCUUGGCGCAGGAAGAGGAAGAAAAUUAAAUGUUUCCUAACAUUUUCAAAUAAUUUCCUCUAGAUAGACUGAAAGAAAAAUAUUUUAAAUCAGAAUUUUAUAUGAUGAAAAUGUGCAAUUUACAAAUGCAUAAUUUUAUUGUAUAUAAAUUUUUUUUUGCAUCAAAAGGAGAAACAAUAUUUACAUUGUACAAUGUAAAAUCUAUAAUGUAAAAUCUAAUAUGUUUGUAACGUAUCUAAGUGACGGGUAUAGCAUAAUUUCAUGUUGAAAAAUAUGUUUCGAUAAUUUUCGAAAUUAAUUUUUAUAAUGUAGAAUUUUCUACAUUUCUUUUUUUUUGAUUUUAAUCUAAAAUUAAUUUUUUUUUUGAAAUUUAAUUCUAAUUUCUCAGGCGAAAAAAACA